GUCUUCGUUCAUAAAUUUUGUCUCAAAAAACGAAACCUUUCUUUACCUCAGCGCACUCCCUCGCCGCCAGCGUCCUCUCCCUCCUCCCCUCCUCCCCUUUCAACGCUACCUCGGCAGCGAAGGCAACGACGACCCCCGUUUCGUCUCAGACCUCGCUCCGUGACCUUGCCCUUUCUCCUCCCGGCUUCCGGAUCUUCUUCUCACGGAACCGUGAACCAGGGGACAACGUCGCCGUCGGGCUCGGCUAUUAGGAGCUUUGCUUCCGGGGUGAGGAUUGAGGGGUUGGUGUCGAGCUCUAAGGGUGGAGGCGGGCCGGCUUUCGUGGGACAAGUCUUUAGCAUGCUUGAUCCCUCCGGCAAUGGCCUCAUGGCGGUCACCACUCGGUUCGACAAAAAGAAGUUCCAAAAUAAAAAUGAGAGAGAUUUGUCACAAAGUAGAUGGAAGAUCACCUUUGCAUUAGGAAGCUCGGCUCUGUAAACCCGACCAAAGGAGCCUUCACCAACAAGAAAAUCCUGAUUAAAGCUAUUUGUUGCCAUUUGAAGAGAAGGAACUGUAUGUGGUGUUGCAGUUAUAGGAACUUUUGGACGCUUGCUAGCUCCACUCUUCCCGUGCAUCUUCUCAACUAUUACAGUGUCAGCAAUAGGUUUUGGAGCAGUUAUAUGAAAUAAUGUUUUGGUGCAAAAGCUGGUGGCUUGUGGAUAUGUAUUAUAUUCGGGAUAUAUACUGGGAACAAUUGAGAAAGCUCUCAUCAACAAAUUUUGUACCAGCUAAACCACUUCAGAUUCAGAGACUCACCGCUACUGAAUGCAUCCUUGGUACUCAAUAGACGAAGUCGGAGGCACGAGUGGUACCUUUAUUUACUUCCGAAUUCUCAAUAGCAUGCCAGUUGGAGAAUUUGCGGGUGAAAUGCAAAGCUACAUUGACAUUCUCGUUCGAGAAAAGAUUUCAAUAACUUACAAAUCAUGGAAGCAGCUGACGUACAAUAUUGACCCAACUUGGAGGAAAGGAUGCUUACAUUCAACAAAUAAUAAAUGGCGUCAAUAUAAAGCUUUUCUCACUCAAAAGUUUGUUUUCAGCAAGCUAGAUAAACCUGAUGAGUUGAAAGAUCCACCGAUUGGCUAUGGUAUUUCACAAGAUGAUUGGAGUUCCUUUGUAAUAACUCGCAUGUCUGCCGACUUCAGGUAUAGAGUAAGUGAUGAACAAAAGAAUAGAAGAAGGCAAAACGUAUACCCUCAUCGGUUGUCCCGUAAAGGAUAUGCAUGUUUCGCUGAUGAAAUUGCAUCUGAUUUAUGUGAUGAUGAUAUAAAUCGAGCUAUUAUUUGGAAGAGAGGACGAGCCAAUAAGGAGGGUGAAUUUGAAGGCGAUGAUCUCAAAAUUACAGCAAAAAAGAUUUUCAUGAAAACAAUUUACUCCAAUGAAGAAAUUGACGAAGUACAAUCCGAAUGGGCGGAUUGCGUACUAGACUAUAUUCAUUACUAGGUAUAAAUUACUAGACUUCAAAAGAUGGUUGAACACUUUGUUUGUGACUCCCUGGCUUAUUGAUUUUGAUUCCUUAGUGCCAAUAAUUUGUUUGUUCACAGCUAACUAUCUCCUUUGCUCAAUACUUCAUUCUUGCAUUUCUACCAUGAGCAGAAUUAGCUGCCAUUUCCCUUAUUUAUUGCCUCUCUUUGUUCUCAUCUUUUGCUUUGAUAUGUCAAUACCUAAUAUACAUCCAUGUGUUAUCUUGCUGAUUAAACAUUUUAUGAAUUUAGUUAUAGGUAAAGUCGUGGUGUCCUUAUAAUUUUGCUUGGCAACCAUGUGUUAUCUAUGGUCAGGACUUCUA